UGAACCAGAAGAGAAAUCUGAGCGUUUGGUGAAAAACCUAACGAAGGGGAUAACCAAACGUUUGGGGGCUUUAAAACCACUCAAAUUAAACCUUUCCGGGCUGUAGUUUAUUGAAAUCUUUAGCUCAGAAUGUCUGAAGCAAGUCCACCAUCCGAAAGGGUCGAAAAGGUUGGAGAUUUAACCGUUUAUAUCGUGGGAGAGGAACAGAAAUCAGAAGAUAAAGAAAAUGUCAAAAAGAAGGAAGUCAUGGUUACUUUUCAUGACAUAGGAAUGAAUCAUAAAACAUGUUUUGAGAAGUUCCUCAACCAUGAGGACAUCAAGAGUAUUCAUGACCGAUUUGUUAUCUAUCACAUUGAUGCCCCUGGUCAGGAAACUGGAGCUGAAGAUCUUUCAAAUGAUUAUCAGUACCCAAGCCUGAAGGGGCUAUCAGAUAUGGUUGGAAAUGUAAUAGAUCAUUUUGCGCUUAAGGAUAUUGUCUGUUUUGGAGAUGGUGCGGGUGCCAAUAUUUUGUGCCGUCUAGCAAUGUCCAGCAAGUGGAAAGAAAGAAUCCUUGGUCUUGUCGUAGUAGAACCAUGUACUGCAACAGCAACCUUCAAGGAAUGGGGAGAAGCCAAGAUGAAGUCCUGGCAGCUGCAUGCCAAGGGAUUUACUGACAGUACAAAUAACUAUCUCAUGUGGCAUCACUUUGAAAGGAAAACUGGCAAACCUGACGCGGAACUAGUGAAAAACUUUAUUGAGGAGAUGAAGGCCAACAUUAACCCACACAAUCUGGCUGCUUUCCUAAAGUCAUACAUGGAGCGUAAUGACAUCAUCAAAGAAGUAAAAGCAUGCGUGAAGAACAAGACUAUCUCAACCACAGCUCACGUAAUGGUUGUAACAGGAGAACGUUCACUACACAAGGAACUAAGUGAACAAUUCUUUAGAAUUCUGAGUGAAUGUGAUAGGAAAAAGUACAGUAUUCUAAAACCAGAUUGUGGAGCCAGUGUCCUUGAGGAGAAGCCUAACACCAUGGCAGAGGGACUGCUUCUUUUCAUACAAGGCCUUGGAUUAGUUCCCACAUUAAGGACCCGCUCCAUGUCUAGAACCAGCUCAGUUGGAUCAACUGGCCGUAGUACAUCUAUGUCUGAAGAUUAAACUAUCAGGAUUGAUAGAAGUUUGUCAAAUUGUUCCUUCGUUAUAACCUCAUUACCAUUUGAAUAAGUGGUAAACGGAAGGACAGAUUAACUGGAUGUUUGAUGAAGGGUUUUCUGGGUAUAUAUUUUGAUUUUUAUUGUAAUUGAAAAAUGAUGUUUCUAUAUUAAAUAUAGUUUUCUUGACUCACUGGGAAUCGGGGUGACUUUUUCUUACAAACCCAAACAUUUUUUGCUAUUCACAAGUGUUGGGAAUUACCAGUGUGUCACAUUGAUAGUCCAGCAUUGGUAUUGGUCAGUGAAUCAUUCUUCAUCUUUAAAAUCUUCCCAGCAAUUCAUGGAUAGUAGUACAUAGCAGUUGUUGUAUGAAUAGGAAAUAUUCCGGGCUGACUUGCUGUACGACAUGCCAAAACAUUGAAAUGGCUUAGACCUCGCCCACAUGGAUAUUUUUGAAAAUGGAUCUUUAUCUUCGUGGAUUCGCCUUCCGUCCACACAUAUGCCGUUGAAUACGCCACUUGAACAUGAAUCUUUUCCAAAAAAUACCUGUGAACGAGCGAAAACAAUUCGAAAACGCUACUCCUUGGACAAGAAUUUUCUUGAAAAAGGAAAAAGAAAAAAAAAAAACGCUAGUUCGAAAAUGUGAUCUGCAUACUUGUGGACGGUGCCGUAUCGUUUUCCAAGUACGAUUACGGUAAUUACAACUUAGUACAGUAAGGCAACGAAGUUGUAUUGUUUCCUGCUCGUGCAAAAAACUACUCUAUUACUAGUGUAUAAGUAAAAAGACACUCCAAUGCAUCUCCUCUUUAACCAGUUAUGGCAAGAGGUAGAGAAUUGAAGCAAGAGGGUGAACGUUAUUAUUUUACGAUCUUGUUUAAAACAGCCCAACCUGGUAAAGCCUUUGAAAAGUUAUGCUUGUUCCUCUAUCUUCUGCUAAGUUUCUCUUUACUCAGUGAUUAAAGGCACAAGUUCAGAACUUUUAAGCCCUAUUUUUUUUUUGGUUAAAACAUGAGUUUUUAUACCUAGUUAAACCUGCAGUAUGUUCUCAGGGUUGGGCAGCAAACAAGUAUGUUAGUUAUCAUCAUAGAAAAGUAUACAUAUAUAAUUGACGAAACCUGUGAAUUAGUUAUGUAAUUGUGUUUGUAGUGCUGUAGUUACAUAUGACCAGUACCUAAUGCAAGAUGAUCUUUUUCUGAAAACUGUAUACAAGACAAUGUAUUAAUAAAUUUUGCAGAUAUAUUUUA